CCUCAAGUUGUUGCCCUGGGUAGAGUGCCGUGGCAUCACAGUUCACAGCAACCUCCAACUCCUGGGCUCAAUUCUCCUGCCUCCGCCUCCCAAGUAGCUGGGACUAUAGACACCCGCCACAAUGCCCAGCUAUUUUUUGGUUGCAGCUGUCAUUGUUGUUUGGCAGCCCAGGCAGGAUUUGAACCCACCGGCUCAGGUGUAUGUGGCUGGUGCCUUAGCCGCUUGAGCCACAGGCACCAAGCCUGAGCCCAAGAAUUUGAGUUGCUGUGAUGUCACAGCCCUCUACUGAGGGUGACAAAGUGAGACUCUGUCUCAAAAAAAAAAGAAAGAAAGAAAGUGGCCAUGGGGGUUGGCAGGAGCCCCUUUAGUUGGGGGUAGGAGUACGGUAGCUGUGGCCACAUGGCAGACACAGUUGGCCCUGCUACAUGACAUUUCACUGAGUGACGCCCACCUCACUCCUAGUGCCUUCCCCCACAGAGUCAUCACAAUCUCUGCUGAACAGAGAAACCUGGUUCUGGCCAUGUACCUGCAACAUAACCUUGGACAGGUCCCUUCCAUCUGAACCUCAUUCUCCCUGUAAAAUGGGCUGACCCUCCAGCUCUGGGAGGCUGUUGGAGAAUCAGAUGACAUCAUGUAAUGGUUGGCCAACUGCAGCUCGCUUCAUAACUUCAGCAAACAUUCCACGAGGACUUCUCAGAGCUGGUGCUGGGGGUGCCAGGGAAAGGGAUGAUUCAGAAGGGCCCCCCCAGGGGGAGGAGUCUGGGUUGGGGGAGGAUCAGAUGGUGGGAAGGAAAGAGAAUGUAGUCAGAAAACAAAGCAAGCUUUGUCCUUUUGCCUUCUUUGUUUUUAUCUUGUUAUUUAACCUAUUUUGAAUUUCAAAUAACGCUAGAAGGGUAGUACUGAGAUUAGAGGUAGCUGCAGUGGUUUAAAGGGAAAAAAAAGGUUGAGAUUCAGAUUUAGGUGUUCCUGUUAAGGAUUGUUAUCUUGAUCAACUUUUAUCACCUGAGGUCUCAGGCCUGCGGAGGUAAAUGACUUGUCCAAGGUCACACUAUGAGGACACUGAGUUCUUGGCCUCCCUUCACUAUUCUCAGAAGGGGGGGGAUAGCCCCUUGGCAUGAAGGUUAUCGCAGAGAGCUCCUGUGAUUAAACUGGUAGUGAUUUGGCACUUGUCAAGUAAAGAGCCCAGGCUGGGUGCUGGAGGGAGGAAGGCAGGAAAAUCCAGGCAGCUGCCCCACCCUCAGAAUGUGUUGCCGACCUGAGGAGACAAGACCAGGCUCCCCAAGCCAGUCAAGGGCUUGUGUGAGUCAGAGGCUCUGAGUUCAAGUCUCAACUAGCUCUCUCAAUCUGACAUUGAGCAGCCUUGCCCUCUCUGGGCCACAGGAGAAGGAGAGAUUGGGCCAUAGGAUCACAGGUGCUCUCUAGCCUGGACUUUGUAUGAUGCUAGAAGGAAGGGGUCAGACUAAGAGAUACUUGACAAGUUUGGGACCAGGGAAGGUGUGGGAGAGAUCAGGAAGGCAGAGUCAGACAAGGAAUAGCUAGCUUUUGGCAGCAGCUUAGUUUUUCCAAAAUCUGUUCCCUGACACCAAGGGUCCUACAUCAAUAAAGUUCUUUUCCACAGGCCUUCUCAAACCUUGAAUAUGCUCACACGUGGAGGGGCAGCAGGGAAAAGCCACUUUUGACCACAGGAUCUUUUUUCCAGGAAGCACCUUGGAGCCAGAGGGUUUGGAGGAACCUUUGCUCUGGCUGUUUACACAGCAGUUCACAAAGACUUGGCAGUCUCCUCCUCCCUCCUGGUUCCUCUGGGUGGAAGAAAUUUUACCCCACAGAGAAGGGAGGUGCCUUGCUCAGCACACCAGCAGGAGGCAGUAUAACCUGGGGCUUAAGGGCUCUGGGAUUUGGGGGUAUGUGUCACUAUUUCCUACUGUGUAGCCUCGGGCAAGUCAUUCGCAUGUUCCUUUGUGCCACAGUUUCCCAGGUCUGGUCCAGACUGUUGUGUGCCUUUAAAUGAUGAUGCAGGUGAGGCAUUCACACUUAGUAAAUGCCUUGUAAGUGGCCCCAUCAUUUCCAGUUUUUAUGGAUACUCAUCUUAAGUGCACCGUUUCAUGAGUUUUUUGGACACCACUCAGGCAGUACCUACUCAGCGACAACUACAAUUCUGAUUUCUGCUGCUGUCAAUUGGAUUUGCCUGUUCUUGACCUUUCCAUACGUGGAUUCACAUAUGUCCUUCAUGUCUGGCUUUCGUUCAGCAUUUAGUGGGUCCUCUCUGGCAUGUUGGCCUCCACCGUUGGAGAGGAGCCAGCCACCUUGGAGGCACAUCUCAUGCCUUCUCUGCUCUCGGAUAGAACAUCUGCAGCUGCUUCCACAGGUCUGGGAGCCAGGCCUCAGGAAGGGACAAGCAUGGACCCCUUAUAGUCUCAGCAUUCGGAGGCAGCAUUGUAGGGAAGCCUCCAUCCACCCCUUUCCACUUCAGGGGGAAAGAAGCUGAGAAGUGUACCCUGAGCCCAGUCCCCUCCCUCCCCUGGCCCCUGGUGGGCAUGGACCAGGAGUUGUGAGCAGCCAGAGCUGAUGCCGGGCCCCCAGGGGGCCGGAGGAGCCCCAACCAUGAGCCUGGGAAAGCUCUCGCCUGUGGGCUGGGUGUCCAGUUCACAGGGAAAGAGGCGCCUGACUGCAGACAUGAUCAGCCCCCCACUCGGGGACUUCCGCCACACCAUGCACGUGGGCCGUGGUGGUGAUGUUUUUGGUGACACCUCCUUCCUCAGUAACCAUGGUGGCAGCUCCAGGAGCACCCAUCGCUCACCCCGCAGCUUCCUGGCCAAGAAGCUACAGCAGGUGCGGAGGGUGGGGGCACCACCCCGGCGGAUGGCUUCUCCACCCACACCCUCACCGGCUCCUCCUGCCAUCUCCCCCAUCAUCAAGAAUGCCAUCUCCCUGCCCCAGCUCAACCAGGCCACCUACGACAGCCUCGUGGUGGGCAAGCUCAGCUUUGAUGGCAGCCCUGUCAGCUCCCCUGAUGGCCGCUCCAAUUAUGGCCUGGACUCUGGGUUCUGUACCAUCUCCCGCCUGCCCCGUUCUGAAAAGCCUUGUGAUGGAGACCGCAAUGGUUCCUUCCAGCCCGGGCCCGAGCUGCGUCGCUCUGACUCUCUCUUGUCCUUUCGCCUGGACCUUGACCUUGGGCCCUCUCUCCUCAGCGAGCUACUAGGGGUCAUGAGCCUCUCCGAAGCCCCUGCAACGGAGUCCCUCAACCCUACCACAAACCCUUCAGCCCCUGCUGCAAGCCCCUCACCCCGUGGACACUGUCCCAAUGGGGUGACUGCUGGGUUGGGCCCAGGGGCUGAGGUGAGAACCAGCCCAGUGGGGGAGGGUCCCCCAGUAGCCACUGACCCGGCCCUCAGCAGGCACUGGGGGGCAGGCUGGCAGGGUGGCCAUCACUACUCCAAGAUGGAUGCUCAGCGUGAGCUGGUGGGGGUGCUGCCCCAGGCUCCCUCCUGGGAAAGCCUGGAGGAGGAGCAGGUGCCCCAGGCAGGCAACAGGACCCCAGUACCCACCACAGUGCAAGCAAACACCUUCCAGUUUGCUGACACCGAGGAGGAUGAUGAGGUUAAGGUGUGAGUGGGUGGGGCAUGGGCUCAGGACCCCGCCUAGCCUUGGGCCCCUCUCUGAAGGGCCCAGGUGCAAAGCCAGCCCCUUCUCACCUAGCAGCCCCUCCUCCUACCAGACCAGAGAGAGAAGCCAAGAUGCCUACAAACUCAUCCCUCUCUCUCUGCAGGACAGACCUGGGAAAAACAGGGAAGAUGGGGCUUGCUCUGGGACCUGGGUGCUCCUGGUGGGCCCUGCCAAGUUGGCCGUCUCCCCCACUGCUACUCUGGACCCAGUAGCCAUUCCUUAGGCCCCACCCUAUGCCACCCCUGCUUGCAGGAGGGCCCAGCCACACAGUGCUGCCUUUGUGCCCUACGAAGCUGUCCUUGUUGGUCAGGGGGUGGGGAGUGAACCACACAGGGCCACUGUGUCUCCUCCCAAAGGGACCAGCAGCCCCAAGAGGGUCCCCACUGUACCCCUGAAAGCCCAAUCCCAGGCUGCUUCACCAACAUCCCCACCCCAGCCUUCCACCUGCCGAGAAGCCUCACAGAAAGGUCAGAUGUGACCUCACAGGGAGAAAUCCCACCUUCCCACCACCCCAGACCUUCCUCUGGAGGCUGAUUAAAAAGCUUUUUUGAUAAAA